AUGGCACCACAAAGAUAUGAAGCAGAGCACAGGGAUCCAGCCCCAUUGGGCAAGCCCCUCGACUUUGUCUUCUCCAAACGCACUGCGCAGAACCGGUUCCUCAAGGGCGCCAUGACUGAACGGCUGUCCUCAUUCGACCCCGAUGUCCUCGAGACGCGUGGUGUUCCAUCCAAGGAACUAGUCAAUGUCUACCGGCGAUGGGGCGAAGGCCAAUUCGGCGUUAUCCUGACUGGAAACAUCAUGUUUGAGUACGACCACCUAGAGGCCGCGGGUAACCCCAUUAUCCCCCGCGACGCAAAGUUCGAAGGCGAACGCUUCGAAAUGUUCAAAGAAAUCGCAGUCGAGGCAAAGAAACACGGUUCAUUGAUCGUGGGCCAAGUAUCCCACCCCGGGCGUCAAGUGACCGAAGACAUCCAAAAGAACCCCAUCUCCGCCUCCGACGUGCACCUAGCCGGCAACCCAAUGGGCAUGACAUUUGCAAAGCCCCGCGCGGCUACCGAGGAAGACAUCAAAAACGUAAUCGACGGCUUCGCCCACGCCGCAGAAUAUCUCGAGAAGGCUGGCUACGACGGCAUCCAACUCCACGGUGCCCACGGCUACCUGCUCGCGCAAUUCCUCUCCCCAACCACCAACCUCCGCACCGACGCCUACGGCGGCUCGCUCGAAAACCGCGCCCGCAUCAUCACCGAAAUCGGGCAAGAAAUCCGCAAGCGCACCUCGCCGAGCUUCAUCCUCGGCAUCAAGCUCAACUCUGUCGAAUUCCAAGACAAAGGCUUCAACACAGAGGACGCGGCGACGCUAUGCCAGCUCCUCGAGUCCAACUCAUUCGACUUUGUCGAGCUGUCCGGCGGAACAUAUGAGCACAUGGCGUUCAAGCACCAGCGCGAGUCGACCAAGAAGCGCGAAGCCUUCUUCCUCGACUUCGCCGAGAAAAUCACUCCUUCGCUGUCCCAAACCCGCACCUACAUCACCGGCGGCUUCAAGACCGCGCCUGCAAUGCUCGACGCGCUCUCGACCGUCGACGGCAUCGGGCUUGCCCGCCCCGUGUGUCUCGAGCCCGAACUCCCACGCCAGAUCCUCGCCGGCGAGCUCGACGCCGCCAUCAAGCAGCGCAUCGAGGACGGCGACUUUGGCACUUCGCUGGUGGCUGCGGGUGCCCAGAUUAAGCAGCUGGGCAAAGGUGAGCAGCCGAUUGAUCUGAGCGAUGAGGCUAACUUCGCGGCGUUUUUGAAGGAUCUCGGCGCGUGGGCCGAGGCCAAGAAGGAUCCGAAGACGUAUGGCCAUAUGGAUGUCAAGAGUGUCAAGGCUGCGCCGUAUGGCACUCCUUUGGCGACUGCGUAGAUUAUCAUAAAUCUAAAUAGUACCGGAUGUAUAUACAAUAGUUAAAAUAAAUCACUUUUUUCCUCCUCCUUCUCCUGUAAAACGAGAUGGGGGGGAUUUCUUUUCUAAACACCUUUUACGCGACCUUGACCGA